CCGCUCCCCGCCGAUCAGCUAUGAGUUUAGUUUUCAAAACUCUGACGGGGUGUGCAAUUCUCCUAGCAGGCGCAAUUGCGGCGCCCACUGGCGAUGCGACACUUCGACGGCGUCAGGAUCUUCUGGGAUUAGAUCUUAAGGUGGACCUUGAUUAUGCCGUAUACAAAGGCUACAACAAUGCGACAUCCGGUCUGAACAUCUGGAAAGGAAUCCGUUACGCGGCCGCACCCAUUGGCGAUCUCCGCUGGAAAGCGCCCCGAACACCACCAACUAACAAAACUACACAAUCGGCAACAAAUUUCGGACCAACAUGCCCCCAAGUCUACCCCGCGGUGCCAAAUGUGCCAAAUGUUCCCGGGGACGAAGAUUGCCUGUUUCUCAAUGUGUAUGCUCCUGCGAAUACUAGUAAGUUGGGUAAGCUGCCGGUGUUGGUUUGGAUACAUGGAGGUGGAUAUGGAUAUGGGGACGGAACGCAGGAUAUGAGCUCUAUCAUCUCUGCGAAUAAAAGAGGGUUUUUGGGCGUGACGAUCCAGUAUAGGCUUGGAGCCUUUGGCUUCUUGUCCUCCAGCGAGGUCAAGGCAAAAGGUGUCGUCAAUGCUGGUCUGCUUGACCAAGCCUUUGCACUUGCUUGGGUGCAGAGCUAUAUUAGUAAAUUUGGCGGAGAUCCAAAGAAAGUCACCAUUUCUGGAGAAUCAGCUGGUGGGGGUUCAGUCAUGUACCACGCCAUGGCGAAGGGUGGGACUCUCGGCACCACCUUGUGGCAGAAUGGUAUUGCCGCAUCACCAUACUUAGUCGCCCAAUACGAUUUCAACGCAACCGUCCCCACCCAACGCUUCUACGCUUUCUCUUCGGCUGCUGGAUGCGGAUCCUCAGGUGCUGUUUUAGACUGUAUCAAGGCUAAAGAUUCCGCUACUCUUCAGCAAGCGAAUUGGAACGUUGGCGCGGCCCAGACAUACGGUACAUGGGCCUUCCUUCCCGUAACCGACUACAGCUACAUCCAACAACUCCCAAGCGUCCAGCUCAAAGUAAAGAAAGUCAAUGGCGAAAACAUGCUAGUAGGGAAUAAUGCCAAUGAAGGCGCACUCUUUGUUCCACCUACCAUUAGCACUCUAGCAGAUCUAACGGCUUGGUUAAAAGUAGAAUUCCCUAAUCUGUCCGAUGAGGAUAUCCAGGCAAUCCUAGAUGCCAACCCAGCCUCAGCCGCAGUUGUUGAUCCCGCUGCACCUAAAUUCGCUACCAAUGGUCUUACCCCUCCUCCAGUAACUGCGGUGAACGUCAGCCAAGUCGCUACAGGGCAGCAACAACGUGGAGACAUAAGUUCAUGGAUCCUUACCACCUAUUUCUCAAUCCCUUUAACCUUCCUGCAGAACAUAUAUGCCGAAUCUACCUUCGUCUGCCCCAGCUACUGGCUCAACAGCGCCUACGACCCCAAAUCCUCGUACCACUACCAAUACAGCGUACCUUUCGCUGGCCACACUGACGACAUAUCCGCAUACUUUGGCCCCAGUGCCCCAAACCAAUCCCCCGCAUUCAGCCUCGCCUUCCGGCAAAUCUGGGGCAACAUGGUCAUGAAAUCUAACCCCUCCAUUGCCUCCGAAGCGGCAGCGAGUAACUGGCCCGUGUGGACAGGUGAUGAAAAAUCAAGAAUGUUGAAUUUGAAUGAGACAGGAGGGACUCCGUAUACGACUGUUACCCAGUUUGGCGCCACGGUCACGCAGUUUAUGGACCCGGGGUUGCAGAAUGCGAUUUCUGUGGCGAAUGCAUGGGCGUGGGAGGGUGGACGGGGGAAGAGGUGUGAAUUUUGGAGGGGGAUUGCCGGGAAGGUACCAAUAUAG